AUGGAGGAAAGUGAGGGAGAUGACCACUGUCCACGACCACGUGGUGUUAAUGUAACACAUUUGGUGAAAGAGCGGGUAAGGCAAAUUGCGGAGUUAAUCCAGGCCAUCGAUAAUCGCGUAUUAAUAUCGGGAGAGGUUACCAAGGGACCUCGUACAGCAGUACAGCGUCUGCCACGUCAUAUGCGUCGUCGUGCAAUGUCCUAUAAUAUCAAACGCUUCCCACGUAUGCAACGUCGUUUUGCAAUUUCAGCAGUUGCAGCUUCGAAACAUCGUCAAAAACCACCUAGUCGUUUUUGGAGAAGACGGCCAAGAAACCUACUUCUGAAUUAUAUCAGACGCCAACGAAAGCAUAUAUGGCUUGAAACACAUAUAUGGCAUGCAAAACGUUUCCGAAUGAUCCAAAAAUGGGGAUACAACUUGCCCUUCUGCAGCUAUCUGCGAUCUUUUCGACCGUCACAUCGUGAUGCAAUGCGUCAUUGUGUUAUUCGAGACGUUAGCUUCUUGUGUUGUUUUCAGAUAAUUGGAACUAGCCAAGCAUCAAUAAUUAAGCUGUUGUGUAACAUUUGUGCACCUGAAGUUGGCUCAACAUUUGCAUCCAAAAUUGCUUUAGAUGGCCGUUUUGAGAUGCCAGUUAUGUUAUAUGAACCAGGACACUAUCCGCGUGGUUUUAUUGCACCUGCUAGAUUUUUAUGGAGUAAGAACAAGACUGAUGAAAAAUACACAUUAGCUGUCUGGACACAUCCAUCUACCAGUAAAAAUGUAUUAUCAAAAUUCACCAAUCUGCUAAAAUUGAAAAAGAAUGAUCAAGUAAUGGAUCUUACAGAAAUAGACAAAAUACCACGUAGCAUCGAUGAAUGGAGAUUACGUAAUUUGCAAAUGAAAACAGAUGUCUACGUAAAUGAUAAGGGCUUAAAGCUAUUGGAUUUAAGCGAUCAGAUGGUUCGGUUCAGAUUAUAUGGUCCCAAAUCAUUUGAAAUAUUGCGUGAAGUUCUUGCUGUUGUCGACGAAAAUGAGCUUAAGGAUUCAUGGAUGAAAGAAUUCAUGUUAAAUAACCAGUGUUGGAGAAAUGAAUGCAGCAGGCAUAGUCCCGGUGAAUUUCCUGAUGGUACCGUUUUCAGUUUGCUUGUGGAAGAUCCUAGAUUAAGUCGACCGUUGAGAAAGAUAAAGCCAGCUGGAACUAAUGGUUGUUCAGCAAAAUCAUUAAAUGUUGGCAGUUUACCAAUUCCACUGAAUAACUUUUGGAAUUAUGAAAUUCGAAGAAAGGCCCUUGAAAAGAAACUGACGGAAACGGAUUUGCAAAAAAAGCGAAAUACGCAACUGCAGCCAGUAAAAACAUCUGAAGCCAAGAUACCAAUACUCUUAAUAGUUCGGAAUACGGGUACAGGAACAACAAAUCCAUUCACUGGUUUAGAUCUCAUAACACCAUCAGGAUUUGGCUUGGAAUUUUGGCUUGCAAUGCAGUAUGGUACUGCGAGAAGUAUUGGACUGAAGGAUCAAAAAUUUCUGGAAUUAGAAUCGGGCCGUUUUAAUUUUCCUGCUGAUGUGCCUGAUUGUGAUGCGGGUCUUAAUGAAUUCAAGGAAGAGUACAUUAAUCUGCAGGAGAAGUACAUACGACGGCCACAUAAUCGCAGAGUGAACUAUUGGAGCAGCUUAUCAAUCAAAUAUCCUUUUACAUUUCAGUUCUCUGAACUAUCUCAUGAUUGGCUCGAGAAUUCGGGCUUUCAAGGUAGUCCAUAUGUUAUACGUGAUCGUCGAACGCUGUUGACUAUUGAGAAAUGGUUGGCUGGGAGAGGACCAAUGCCAGAAGAAUCUGUUAUGAAUUCUGCAGCAUUAGUACCCGUAUGUCUUAUAUCAACAACAUUAGGUCGUCCACAGCGAUUUUCAUUGAUAUGUGCGCCAAUUGAUGAAGAUUUUAUGGUUUUAGCGUCAAAAGGCAAAAAUACUAUGCAAAUCAUCGAAAAACCACAGAAAAACACUUUAAAAUCAGUAUUUGAUAACGAGGAAGAUAAAAAAUACCAAGAGGAUAAGAAUGGACUAGAGGAUUUUAUUUCAUUGGAUAUUACAGCAAAUGAAAAGCACAUAUCGUUGAAUUCACUUUUUCCUGAUAAAGAGAUGUUACGGAAACGAAAAGUGAAGCAAAAGAAGAAGGAGAAGAGAGAAAAAGCGAAAAAAGCUAAACGAUUGAAAAAAAAUUUGGAGAGUAAUACGUUGAAUUCUACUUCUGAACUGCUGGCAAAUGAUGCAAAAGAAUUGGAAAAGAAAGUAGAACCCAUAAAAUACAGUAGUAGCUGCUCUAGGCCUAUCAUUGGCAGGAUUGUACGCGGUGAUUAUUCAUUCGUACAUGGAAGAGGCUUUGCUAUUGGGUACUGUUGUUUGCCGGCUUUAAAACGAUUUUAUCAUGGUGUUGUACUGUUCCGAAAUGUUACAUCCAAAUACUAUCAUCCGGCUCGAAUUACCGUUCUUAAAACCCAACUAGAUUUGUAA